AUGGAGGAGCCGUCCAUGGCCGACCCGCCGCGGAUCUUCUGGAAGUCCAGGAGGAGGCCGUCGUCAGCCAAUGGCCGGAGCUUGCAAGCACAAGAACAUAAUAACGAGGCCGCUGCCACCGAAGAGGCAGCAGCGGACACUCUUCCGGCUCAAGGAGAAGCCAUGAAGAUUGAUGACGCAAAUGCAGCAAGCACUACCACAGAGGAUGAUGCUCAUCAGGCAGAUCCGAUGGCUAACCUAUCUGAGAAGCGAAAGGCGCUCUUUGAGCCCCUGGAGCCAAUCAAUGGCAAGCGCAGCGCUGACAUGCUGCUUCCGCCACCGGACUUCGAGCCUACAUCAUAUCCCAAGGGAUGGCUGGUUGGUAAGAAGCGCAAGCUCGUCAAUGUCGAUGUCGUGGAGAGCAUGAGGAGGAUAGCGAUCCUGGAAAUGAACAGAAAGGACCGUGAAAUCGGCGGGCUGAAUGAACAACUAGAGGAGGACUCCCGCGUGCUGGAGCUUCUGCAGAAGCAGCUCACGGACGAGCGCAGGAAGCGGUCGGAGAUCGAGAAGGAGAACUCCAUGCUUCAAGAGCAGGUGACCAUGCUGAUGAACAUGCUUGAUGAAAACGAAGCCUUCGACGAGGAAGGAGAAGAGGCGCCACCACCCGACUCAAUCGAUUAA